CAGUGGGACGCAGCCUUGGAAAGAACAAGGAAUGUGUGAGCAUCCUCUGGGAGACUGGGGACAGAGUCAGGAAGUCUCGAGGUUCAGGCCGGUUGCCAAGCGCAUCUUCUAAGACUCAGUAGUCCCCAUGUCACCCCUUGAGGUGGCGCCCUGCCCCGCGAUGGCCGCGGUCACCCCGCUGCCAUGCCCGAUGUCCCGGCUGGACUUCCUCAAGGCCUCGCACUUUGCACUGGGGCCCGACCCGCGGCUGCACGUGGGCGACAUGCAGUCCACAUCGCAUCGGGACUUCCCGGCCCCCCCAGGCGGCACCCGUGCGCAGCAGUGCCAGGCGCCGCCCCGCGGGUCCCUCUUCGCACAGGACACGCGCUCGGCGGGCACGCGACUCGAGUCCGAGACGCACGGCGUGUACGCACCCCCGGGGCCGUCGCCGUCCCGGCGAUCGGAGUUGCGGGAGCGCACCCUCGCCAUGCAGGCCAGCAACUGGCGCGUGCUCGCGGACUCGCGCGUCCGCACCAGCCUCUCCACCGUGCGCGCCGACUUCGGCUGGCCGGAGCCGCCGGCGCGCGCGAGCGAGCAGAUCCGCGGCGCGCGGCUCAUCUUCGACCGCGACUCGGUGCCGCCUGGCGACCCAGCCAAGCUGGGCAUCCCCCCCACUACCUACCAGGCGUUUUACCUGCCCCACGACCCGUGCCCGCAGCCCCGCGCGCCCUGCUGCCACCUCGGGGGCCUCAACCCCCUCAGGUGGGACCACAGCAGACAGGACAAUGGGACCUCCUACCAGAGACACUUCCAGGCCCUGCCGAGCCCACCAGCCUUGAUGUGUAAGAGGGCCUUCUCCAGCGUCGAACUGGGAGACUCCAAGAUUGGCUAUGGGCCCAUGUGUUCAGAGCAGAAGCAAGCCUACAGACCCCAGGGUCUCCCCCCAGAGAGGUAUGACAAGGCUCAGGCCGCAGCCCACAUCCACUAUGUGAAUAUUCGUCCUGGAGAUGGCCUAUUCCAUGACAGGACCACCAAGGCUGAACACUUCUAUGCCCGAGAGCCAGAGCGUUUUGUCCUUCACCAUGACCAGACUCCAGCAUCGCACAUCCUGGAAGGAAACUGGCGCCCUGGUCCAGGCAGCCUCACCACGUCCAUGCAUUUCUUCCAUGGCCAGCCGCAUCCGGUGACCGCACCGCCCAGCCGCCACGUACCUUUAGAGAAAUUGAAGAGUCACGUGUGCCUAGGGGACCCCUCGCUGCUCAAACAGUUCUUCCAGACUUCCAUGGGCACGGACUAUUGCCCCCCUGCGACGCCAGAGAAGGUGCAGAUAGCACCCAAUCUUCACUUGAUGCCUAGCAACCUGCCCCGGGGCACUGACGAAACAGAUUUUUUAACCAUGAACCAGAAGAUGCUGAAGCCUCAUAGAACACCUCCAGCCUCCGUGACUGAGGAAAUGCUUCAGCGGAGCAAAUACAGCCACAUUGAGCCCCCGCUGGGCAGACAGCGCUUCUUCUCAACCCAGUAUGAGGAUGAGUUUGCCUCCAAGUACCAGGGCCCAGCAGUGCUGAGAUUGACCAAUCUUCAGGACAGCCAUGUGCCUCUGGGCUCCCUUCGCCAGUGGGGGUGUGGGGCUGGGAAGGUAGACCCUCGGGCCCCCCAGGCCCCCACCUACCCAUGCCCUAGCCAACAAUAAACACUGUCAUGGCAGCAUCCCACCCCUCCGCAUCAGUCAGCCAUGAAAGAGGAUGCUUGGUAAGUUGGGGACAGUGCAGGAGAGAGUGACUCCAUCUAACAGUCCUGAACAGACACUUCCACAGGCCCUGAAGAUCACCCCACUCUGGGCAAGGGGGCCGUCCCAGCUUGUGCAAAGC